UUGGUAGAGUGCAUAAUUUAUGCAUGAUUCGAUCAAAAGAUUCACAGAAAAUCUUUGUUCUUCUUGCUGUUAGUAAUGAUACCAAUAAAACUGCUGAGGUUGUAUACCAGUACGAAAUACCAGCUGGAAUUGGAAGCAAUAAUGAAUUAGACUAUGUUGAUAACUAUCGAAAACUAAAUGAAGAUAAAAUUAAGCUUAUUAAAUGGAAUUUUCACAAACCGAAAGUUGGUGUCUGCUAUUGGCCAUCAAAUGAUGUUUAUGAAUCAACAUCACCAUUGUUAAUUGCAGCUGAUUCUCAGUGUCAUACAUUGGAAAUAUUUUGCGUCGAUGAAUCGCAAAAGAAACAAAAUCUAUUACAUAUUACCGCAGAGUACACUUACGACAUUUUACAAGAAACAGAAAACAUCAAAUUUACAAGAAUAUCUGAUACUAAUUCGUUACUAGCUUAUUCUAUGGAUGGAUCAGUUCAAAUUAUUUGCAUAAAUGAAACUGUUUCACUUCAGUAUUCCGUAAAUAUUCAUGAAUCUGAUUCACGUGGUAUAGUCGCUGCAGAAUUCUGUAAAGAUUUGAAUAGUUUAAUCACAUGUGGUGGAGAUGGUUUAUUAGCCAGAGUUAAAAUAAGUGAAGGUACAAUUACGGAAUCGAAAGUCGGUUCAUUUCCAAGUUUAAGACCAUUACAUGAACAACUAACUAAAUUAAAAGAAAUGGAAAGUUGUGAGAUAACACAAAAUCAAUCACAUUCAAAUGUUAAUCUUUUACAAAAAUCUGAUGUUUUACCAACAUUACCCCAUCAAUCUGGUACAAGCUUUUUAUUAUCUGAUCAACAAAUAUCGGUAGAUGUUGAUGAAGAUACAGAUUUAGAAGAGUUUUCCCAUUAUAAAAGCGAUACUGACUCAAAUGGUAAUACAUGGAUAGAAUCUUGCCAGCUUACUGCUGAAGCUUCAGAAGACUUGAUUUUUGGAGAAACGAAGACAAGCAUUCUUAAUGAAUUGAAUGAAAUCAGAAGUACAGUCAAUGCUAUGGUCAGUGAAAACGAAAGUCUUCCUGAAUUUCAACGUAUUGGCAGGUUGGAAUUUGAGCUAGAUAUUGAUGAACAAAAUGUCAUUUUAGAGAAAACGAAGGAGGAAGUCAACCAGCUCCGAAAAGAAAUAAAAUUAAGAGAUUUAGCAAAACAAUUUACUUGGCAAGCUAUUAAAUCUCAAUGUUGGGAUGAAAUGUUUGUCAAAGGAAGAUGCUUAAAAGCGUUCAAUUUACCAAUUAAAGUUUCAAAUUAUCCACUAAAGAAUAUUACAGACAGUGAAAAACAAUUAAUUAAUACUGUUAUUGCUAGAAUGAAAAUUAUUCAUGCAACAGCAAAAGAAAGAGAAUUAUUGUCUUCACAUUUAUUUCAAUCAAAUGCAUUAAAAAAGCCCAGUCAAGAACAAAAGGAGGAAGUAGAUGAGGAAGAAGAACCAGAGCAAUCAAUAAAUCGAAUUCUUCUUGGAAGUACCGCCAGUGAACAUGAUGGAUCGAUUGAUCAUGGUUAUGGUCAAAUGGAUCUUUAUACACGAACGCAAAAGAUUUAUCAAAUUGUUUUGAUAAAAGAUGCAAUUUAUCGCAUGAAAGAAUCUUUCAAUAAACAGUUCGAUGAAUUCUAUGAAAAGAAGGCGAGUCACCUUUCUGACAUUCAAACUAAAUUAUCAAGAAUACGUAAAAUUCAUACGGAUCUUCAACAACCACAUUUGCUAAAACAUCUCAUUAGUCCAAAAUUUGAUCCUGACGAAGAGCCAGAACAGCUAUUUAUUGUUACAGAUGGUGAGAUAACAGUGGAAAAGUAUUUUUCACCUGAACAGUUAGCUGAAAUCCAAUCGAAACGAUUGGCUGAGGAAGAAAGACAACGUAAGGAAAAGUUGGAUAAUUGGCGUGAAAAAGGUUUGGAAGAAAUGAUGGGUGGUGUGUUAGAGAUUACGAAAGAAGAUGAAUUGAAAAAGGAUAUCCCAAAACCAGCUUUUUUAUUAACUGGUAAACCAUCAGUUCAUUGGACGGAUGAUGAUAAACAAAUAUAUGCAGAAUAUGAACGUAAAGUAAAAGAAUUAAAUGAAGAAAGGGAAAAAUAUAAAAAGUUUUUAGAAGGUGAUUUAAAGAAGAUAUACAAUGAAAUAGAUGAAAUUAAAGAAAAAUUCGAUGAGGAGUUAACUUCUCUAUUUAAUAAAUGGCUACAUGUUCAAGUGGCUAUAUUACAAGAAGAAUUAAAAAUGUGGAGGCUUAAAUGGAUGUUACUUACUGAAGAGGAAUUUAAUAAUAGAGAAUAUGAAUUAAAAGAAUCAAUUGAUGAAUUAUAUAAGAAGGAAGUACAAAUUACCAAAAAUUUAGAAACAGCCAAAUCAAUACUGGACCAAGUUCAACAAGAAACUGAACUUUUGUCUGCUGAUGAUAAAUUAAUGGAAAAAAAUCUUCGAAAAGAAUUCAGUGAUAUACAUGGUCCGUUAUAUGAUUUUAUUGUCAAAGCUUAUAAAAAACGUCCUAAGCACUUCCUUUUAGCUCCUUUGGAGAAAAAGAUUGAUCAAAUUGGAAAGGAUAGACAAUCUUCUAAACAACUAAACCCAUAUAUUGAAAAAAUAUGGCAAUCAUCUCAGUCAAGCAAACAAACUGGCCUACUAGAAGAAAGUCUGGUGGAACUAGAUAAUGACCCUUCACGUGAACAGCAGUCUGGGUGUGAUAACGCCUUAUGGAGUAGGUUGUGCGCAGCAAGACGUCGGAAGAUUAAUAAAGAGUUGGAAAUUAAAUUUGCCACUCAAAAGCUAGAUGAUAUUACAAAUUUUAUUCGUAAACGUGAUCAUGAUUUACAAUCAUUACAUAAGUUAUUAGAAGAAAGAAAAUGUCAAUUAGAUAAUUUAAUAAAAGAUUAUAAUCGAAAUCAAACAAAUUUAGAAUUACAAUUGUUAAUAAAACAAGGAUUUGUUGAAGUUAAUAUUAACCAAUCCACAUUAUUGCAUGAUUAUGACGAUGCAUUAUUGAUACAAAGAGAGCAAGUUGAAGAAUUGAAUAAACAGAUAAUUGUAUUAGGAGAAUCCAAAGUAUCACAUAUGAUAAGAAAUAAAGAAUUUAAAAAACGAUUUUAUCACCUUGAAUGGGAACUUAGUGAAAUGUUAAUGCAUUAUGAAGAUUUACAAACCAAGUUAGGCGAUAUACGAAGAUUUAAAAUAACCAGCGAAAUACGAAAAUAUCUUCAAUCAAAUGAUUAUGAUUCUUUAAUAAAUACACAAAUUACAAAUACUGAACGUACCAUUCAAAUGUUACAAGAAAAUCACGAAAAAACAAUGGCUCAGAAACUUGCUCGUCUUCGUCAAUAUGAAAUACACCAAGGCGAAAAACUUAAGAAAGAGAAUGAAAAGGCUAAGAAAGAAAUAGAAGAAAUGAAUGUCGUUUUACAUGAGACGAAAUUCAUUCAUGAACAAAAUCAUAUGAAAAGUGAUCAUCUCAAUAACCCUCAACUUCGACAUAAACUAUUAAUUCAACAUCAAAAUAUUAUAAAAAAAAUUAAAGAACAAACUAAAGAAUUAAAAAUACUUCAAGCUGAAUUAACUUAUUUACGUCAACAAAAGUCAAAUUUGAAAUUAUAAGUAUUUCAUUAUAUAAUACUUAUAUAAUACAAAUAGUAUAGAAUUCAUUUUUUUCUCUCUUUAAAUUAUUCCAUUCUUUAUCCAUUUCCAUGCGAUUCAAUAAUGAUAUUUGAAAGAUGCAGUGUAAAUUUUCUUUUUUUUUUAAAAAAACAAAAUUUUUAUAUUUUACAGCCAGAUACUAUAAAGUUCAUUGUUAUGAUAUGAUUAUUUAGUACUAUUACACUGGUUUGAAAAUAUCAACUGAUUUGUAACAUGUAAUUAUA